UCAAUCAAACAGAAUAAUAAGAAUUGGAAGAAUAUGGUUGCCAAGAGUAAAGAGAACUUAUUAAAAUGGUGCCAGGACACUGUUAAGCAGUAUGGCAAUAAGGUGGUACAGAUAGAUGACUUCUCAGUUAGUUGGAAGGAUGGCUCAGCAUUCGUGGCAAUCACACAUGCAGUGUUCCCAGAUGAAUUCAAUCUCGAUCAGAUGUUGGCCAAAGAACAAUACGAGCGUCUCAAGUCUGUGUUCAACUUCAUCGAGGACAAGGGCAUCGUUGGACGUCUGCUCGAGCCCGAGGACUUUGUUGGCGACGUCGUGCCCGAGAAGAUCACCGUCGAGACAUACAUCUCCUGCAUCUUCCACUUUCAAAAGAAGAAGCUGGGCGAUGAUCAGCUGGACGCACAGCUCAAGUCACUUUUGGAGAACAUCAACAAUGUCGACACGACAUCAGAGGACAGCUCUGCCGCGGGGUGGAGUCUACAGACGAUGGACAAAGAGAUCGAGGCAUUGAACAGCAAGAUGAAGAUGUGGAACGAGAGCCAGAAGGUCGUGGAGAAGCGCAGGAAUGAGAGUGCACAAUCCAAGGAGAUCCUAAACAACCUCGAGAAGAUCAUGCUCAACAUUGAGCAGGAGCUCAUUGAGAACGAAUCAUCAUCGGUAAGUCAGUCGACACACAAACAGAGGAGAUUCAGAGAGGAGAUUGAAAAGAGAGAACAGGAUAUCAAGAAUAAGAUUGAACGAGAGAAGGAACAGUUUGAUAAUCACAUCAGCGAGUUGCAAAAGAAGAUCGAGGCAUUGAAGGCCAAUACAAAGGAACAAGAGGAGUUGAAACAAAAGUUGGAAGCACAGAAGAAGGCCAAGGAUGACCUGUUGCGAAAGAGACGCGAGAUUGAGGAGGAGACUGCACAGCUGAAGCAAAGACUGCUCGAUGAGGAGAAGGCCAAGCUGGCGCUACAGGACUCAAUGAAGAAGAUCGAGGAGGAGAAGGAGCUGGCCAAGGCCAAGCACAAGGAGGAGGUCAAGAAGCUCCGAGAGGAGCUCAACAACUCGCACGCCAAGACCGAGGAGAUGGAGCGUGAGCUGAGGAACGAGCUGCUGACCAAGGGCGACCUGAUCGCCAGCGAGAAGAAGCUCAAGUUCACCGUGAGCGACAUUGGCCGCUCGAUUGACCUGGAGCUCAAGGAGAAGGCAGAGAUACAAAAGACCAAGGAGAAGCUCACCUUCUCCCUGAAGAAGGCCAUCAUGACGCUGGACGAGGAGACCCAAACCUACAAUCUGCGCGACAAGUCCAAGAAGGAGAUCGAGGCCGAGAAGAACAAGCUGCGGGCCGAGCGCGAGGCUGAGCACAUGGCCAAGAUCCAGGCCGAGAAGGAGAAGCGUAUCGCUCAGAAUGAGUACGAGGACAAGAAUCAGAUCCUUGACGUGGAGCUGGUGCGUGUGCGCGAUGCCAAGUUCCUGAACAAGGACCUGGAGAGGAAGAUUGAGGAGACCACCAACGAGAUUGAAGACGAGCGCGACCGCAUGGAGAAGCUGCUGAUCUACCAUGACGAGAAGUUCUCGAGCACCCGUGACCGCCUGGCCAAGAAGCACGAGAACGUGCUCAAAAAGAUCGAGGAGUCCAAGCAGCAGAUGGCCAAGAAGAAACAGGAGGCCACCGAGUCGAUUGUCAAGGAGCGCGACACACGCGCCUCGUUGGAAAACGAGAAGAUCCAGCUCGUGGCAAAGGAUGGCGAACUCAGCGAUCAGUGGAUGUCCGAAAAGAAGGAGCGAAAGCAGGCGAUGAAGGCCAACAGAAGUCUGGAGGACGAACUCAACAGGGCGCGCCAGUUCUUGGAUCUCGAGAACAAGGGUCGCGCCAGCAGGGAGAAGUUCAAGUCCAAGCUGGAGCAGGAUGCCAAGGGUCUGCAGAGCGCCAUCUCGGGCGAGCAGACAAAGAGGUCCCAGCUCGAGGAGAAGAAGACCGCGCUGGAGAAGGACCAGGAGGCGCUGGCCAAGAAGCUGAGCAAGGCCAAGAAGCAAACCGAGGAGCUCGAGGAGGCAAGACAGCAGCGCAAGUCCAAGUCGUCAGACAUUGACAAGAAGAUCAUUGAAGUCAACGCCACACGACUUGAAGCUGAGACCAACAUGGACAUCAAGAUCCUGCAAAAGGUCUCAGAGUACCAGGUGGAGAUGCGCGAGAAGAAGAAGCUGCUGGAGGAACAGAACAUGCAGCUCAACACCAAGGCCUACCUGGCCGCACAGAAGUUGCGCGAGCGCUCCGAGGAGCUUGCCCAACUUGACGAAAAGAAGGCCGAAGAGGAGCGACAGCUCAAGGACACGACGGCCAAGCUGGAAGAGAUCGUGCUCGAGAAGGAGGCCACAGAGAUCAAGAGGAAGAAACUGGAGGAGGACGUCAAGAAGGCCAUGUCGGCCGGCGAGCAGGAGAAGAAUGAGCACGCCGACAAGAAGCAAUCGGUCGAGGAGAUGAGGAAGGAGAUUGAGUUGUUGCAGCAACGCCAGAUCGCCGAGGAGAGCGAAGCGAUCAUGUACGAAAAGCAGGCAAAGAUACUGGCCGACGAGCUGGCGGAGCACGAGCGCCAACUCAAGGAGAGAGCCGACGCGCUGGAGAUGGAGAAGGCCGAGGCCGACCGACGCCUGAAGAAGGACCUGCGUCGUCUGGAGAAGGAGAUGGCCAUCGAGCAGAGCGAACUCAAGCAGGAGCUGUUGGACGACCACAAAGAGAAACUACAAUCAAUCGAGAGCAAGUUCAACCGACAACAACGUCUUCUCGAGGAGGAGUAUGGCGACCUCUCUGCCGAGUUGUCCUUCAUGAGGAACAAUGGCGCCAGCACAGUUGGUGCCAGCAAUACCAAUACCAAUGGCAACAGCACAACACCUACCAGU